AUGUGGAACUUUACCAAGAAUAAUACGGUUUGUUCAAUUGAAAUGAUCCUGAUGGACGAGGAGAUUGUCUCAUUUCGACCGCUUGAAACAUCCAAUCCUGUAGCAUCCAUUUAUUAUAUCAAACUCACACUUAGCAACCUAGAGUCUGUACAUCUUAAGGUUACUAUCUUUGGAACUCAAGCAUACCGUAUGUCACAAUACCUAAAAGAUAACCCCACGGUUAAUUGUGUUGUUAUAGUGAUGCAGUUUGUAAAGCUUAACAUUUGGGAUGGAGUUGGUCAAGCUAAAUCUCUUUCUCUCCUCCCUCUUUAA